AUGAGCCACGAUUUCACGGCACUGGACUCUCAGGUGACCUUUAUAGGCUCCCGUGCAGAAGACUUUGGAGUGAGGGAAGAGAGAUAUAGAAUGAACAUCGCCAAGAAGAUCCGCACUGUGGUGAGGGAGAUGGAUAGGAGCUCUUGUAAGUGGCCGGUAUGCGAUCAGCUGAAGUACCGUAGCUUUCUGUCGAAAAUUAGGAGGAAAAUAGAUGAGAGGCAUAGCACCUAG